GGCGAUCGCGCGGAUGGCGGCGCUGGCGGCGCUGGCCAAGAAGGUGUGGAGCGCACGGCGCCUGCUGGUGCUGCUGCUGGUGCCGCUGGCUCUGCUGCCCGUGCUCUUCGCCCUGCCGCCCAAGGAAGGCCGCUGUCUGUAUAUCAUCCUACUGAUGGCGGUGUACUGGUGCACGGAGGCCCUGCCCCUGUCGGUGACGGCUCUUCUACCCAUCAUCCUCUUCCCCUUCAUGGGCAUUCUACCCUCCAGCAAGGUCUGCCCCCAGUACUUCCUCGACACCAACUUCCUCUUCCUUAGCGGCCUGAUCAUGGCCAGCGCCAUCGAGGAAUGGAACUUGCACCGGAGAAUCGCCCUCAAGAUCCUCAUGCUGGUUGGGGUCCAGCCUGCCAGGCUCAUUCUGGGGAUGAUGGUGACCACUUCAUUCCUAUCCAUGUGGCUGAGCAACACAGCCUCCACUGCCAUGAUGCUGCCCAUCGCCAAUGCCAUCCUCAAAAGCCUCUUCGGCCACCGCGAAGCUCGGAAGGACCUUCAUCGAGAUGAUGAGAGCACAGCUGCUGUGAGGGGAAACGGACUUCGAACAGUGCCCACGGAGAUGCAGUUUCUCGCCAGCUCAGAAGGAGGCCACCCUGUGGAGGCAGAGACCCCACCGGAACUGCCUGAUGACUCCAAGGAGGAGGAAUACCGCAGAAACAUCUGGAAGGGUUUCCUCAUCUCCAUCCCCUACUCAGCCAGUAUCGGGGGCACUGCCACGCUCACAGGCACUGCCCCCAACCUCAUCCUGCUUGGCCAGCUCAAGAGUUUCUUUCCACAGUGCGAUGUGGUGAACUUCGGCUCCUGGUUCAUCUUCGCCUUCCCUCUCAUGCUGCUGUUCCUUCUGGUUGGCUGGAUCUGGAUCUCCUUCCUGUACGGUGGAAUGAGCUGGAGGAGCUGGAGGAAGAAGAAGUCUGAGAUCAGAGCCGAGGCCGAGGACAAAGCUCGAGCUGUGAUCCGAGAAGAGUUCCAGAACCUGGGGCCCAUCAAGUUUGCUGAACAGGCCGUCUUCGUCUUGUUCUGUGCAUUUGCCAUCCUCCUCUUCUCCCGGGACCCGAAGUUCAUCCCUGGCUGGGCCAGCUUCUUCAACCCUGGGUUUGUUUCGGAUGCUGUCACUGGUGUGGCCAUUGUUAUCAUCCUGUUUUUCUUCCCAUCCCAAAAGCCGUCACUCAGGUGGUGGUUUGACUUCAAAGCUCCCAACUCGGAGACUGUGCCUCUGCUGAGCUGGAAGAAAGCCCAGGAGACAGUGCCCUGGAAUAUCAUCCUUCUCCUGGGAGGUGGUUUCGCCAUGGCCAAAGGCUGUGAGGAGUCAGGGCUGUCAGCGUGGAUCGGUGGGCAGCUGCAUCCCCUGGAACACGUGCCCCCAGUGCUGGCCGUUCUGCUCAUCACUGCGGUCAUCGCCUUCUUCACAGAGUUUGCCAGCAACACGGCCACCAUCAUCAUCUUCCUGCCCGUCCUAGCAGAGCUGGCCAUCCGACUGCAUGUGCACCCCUUGUACCUGAUGAUCCCAGGCACAGUUGGCUGCUCCUAUGCCUUCAUGCUGCCAGUCUCGACGCCUCCCAAUUCCAUUGCCUUCGCCAGUGGACACUUGCUGGUUAAAGACAUGGUUCGGACUGGCCUCCUGAUGAACCUCAUGGGUGUCCUGCUGCUCAGCCUGGCCAUGAACACCUGGGCACAGACCAUCUUCCAGCUGGGUACCUUUCCAGACUGGGCGAACACCCACUCUACCAACGUCACCGCCCUGCCACCCACCUUGACCAACAGCACAGUUCAAAUCCUUUGAGCUCUGCUGAGGACUUCCCUUUGUGCUGGGCCUUCCCCAAGGGCUGUUGCUGUCACUUGCUGCUAGGACCCUACAAGCUGAUCGAGCAAUUCUUUUCUGUAAUCUAACUGGAGGCCGCAAGCAAGGAUGCAUGCCCUCCAGUGGUCCACUCGGGCCUCAAGCUCACUGUCUGCGGCACUUCCUCUCUCUUUCUCAUGCAUCUCAACACCAGCUGUCACCUGGAUCUGCUGCCCGAGGAACAGGCUUUUCUCACGAAGCUGGUCUGUGGUCAGGGUGCAGGCAAGUCCACUUCAGCCACGAGGGACAAACCUGAAAUGGCUUUUGUCUUGCACACCUGGGGUCGGGAGCUAUCCCUGCCUAUGGCUGCCACUGGCUUUAGGUCUCUGAAGACAUCACCACUCUGCUGGGGGAGGCACUGUGGCUACAAAGUUCUAGGCCAGAUGUUACAGCUGUUUACUGCAGACUGGUUUCUGCCCUUUUCUGUUUAGCCAUCUCCCCCUGUAGACAACCAGCAGUUGGAGGCUGUCUUCCAUUCCCUGAGGCGGAGGGAGGACACAGGCCUCCGGGAGUCUCUUUGCUGCCUCUCCAGUCCCCCAAGCAACAUCACGGGGGUUUGAGAAACCCUAGCUCAAGUGUCUACCCAAGAUGCUUAGGGUUCUCUUUUCUCAUCUGAUUCCCUUAGGCCAAAGCUCUAGGUCAAGCCCUGCCAGGCCCUCAUUAUCAGUCUAGGACCCUCCCAUCUGUGGUCCUUGGGCUGUGUGGCUGCAGGCUGCCAGCUGUUUCUUACCCUCACAGCUGGGUUUGGCUUCUCAACUCCCACCCCACAAUGGUCAAUAUGUCUAAAUUGCAAAGGUUACAGUCUUUAGGGGGUGAGAGAAAAAUCUGAAGAUCAGUCAAGGCCUUGAAGAAAACCAUGGCAUGUCUGCAGAUGGAGACCCUAAGAUAGCCUGCCAGCAGAGGCUGGAGCCAGGAAGCAGGCAGUUGAUGUUCUUACUCCCAGAUCAAGCUUCGGGCAUCCUGUGAACAGCGCAGGGUGGGGACAGCCGAGGGUAGAGCCUUCACUAUCUUCCAAGGGUGGGCAUCCCAGGGAUGGACACUUUCUGAUAAGGUACAGAUGAGUCAGAGUGCUCUCCCAGAGCUGAGGGGCUCUGAGCCGAGGUGAUACUAUUAGACUGAAUCAGCUCCAUCCCUCCGGGGAUGGAUGAUGGUGUCCCUCAGGGGAUAGGGACAGACCACACACCAAGAAGCCCACAGCCUUGUGACUACAAGAUUCACAAUUUCUGAUACUGCUGAUCAAAAAUGCGCUCAAAUAAAGAA